AGCACCUGAAGCAGCAUGUCCAAUAUCUUCUCCUGUGUGGGAUGGAUGGUGCGUUUAGGAACGCCCCUCUUCCCUCUGUUAGCCAAUAGGAUCCAGCCUAGGAACACGCGUUUCUACGACACACGACUGCUUCAAACUUGGUCCACCUUGUCCCGUACCUGUCGUUUGGUCUGAAUUAGUUAGACAUGAUGGCCAUUCGUCUAUUAGAAAUCAUAUUUUUCUUCUAUUUUGCCUCUCACAUUCCUAUCACAUUAUUCAUUGACUUACAAGCUCUUCUACCCGGACAUGUGUAUCCUCAGCCGCUGAAAGAGCUUCUGAAGUGGUAUGCAGAGGAGUUCAAAGACCCGAUGGUGCUGGAUCCUCCACAGUGGUUCCAGUCCUUUAUUUUCUGCGAAGCUGUGUUUCAAACACCUUUCUUUCCUAUUGCAGCAUAUGCUUUUCUAAAAGGUGGCUGUAAGUGGAUCAGGACUCCUGCCAUCGUGUAUUCCACCCAUGUGGCCACCACACUGAUCCCGAUCUUGGCCCACAUCCUGUUUUAUCAGUUCCCUACGAAACCCCACCCUGGUCCCCAGACCCUGCAGGAGCGCUGGCUGCUGGUCUCCAUAUAUGCUCCGUACCUGCUGGUGCCUGUGCUGCUGCUCCUCACCAUGCUGCUGUCCUCCACAUACAACCCCUCCUCCAAGUCUGGAAGCACAUCAGCCAAAGCCAAGAAGAAGAACUGAAAGAUGAACAGACUAUAGCCAUCUAAUGAUUGUUUUUUUUUACAUUUCUGAAUGUAUUGUUUGUGUAUGAGCUGCAUACUAUCUGAGCGGCUGUAUGAGUCAGACUCAAUAACACUAUAAUUAGUGGGAAAUAGCCAUUGUGAAACCUGACAGAAUGCACACUUUCUAUGUAAAAUUAAACCCUUGUUUGUUGAA